AUGCCGUGUCUUUAACCAAAAUGGACUACGCAUCACAAUUGAAGCCAAUAAACAGAUCAUUAACUUCCUAGACGUCACCUUUAACCUUAACAACAGCACCUACCGGCCCUUCACAAAGCCUAACACCACGCUACAGUACGUCCAUCGCGAGCGCAACCACCCACCGAUCACCACAAAGAACAUACCCGCCGGUAUCAACAGACGGCUAUCAUCCCUUUCAUCGGACAAAACAUCAUUCGACCAAGCCCCCGUACCAAAAAGCACUCCACGAAAACGGAUACCACUACAGACUACACUACGAACCGACCACAACUGCUAAACGGAGAAACAGACAACGCAACAACAUCCUCUGGUACAACCCCCCAUUCAGCAAAAACGUCAACACCAACAUCGGUCACAGAUUCCUCACCCUAGUAGACAAACACUUCCCUAAAGAGAACAAACUCAGAAAAAUCUUCAACCGCAUUACCAUCAAGAUCAGUUACAGUUGCAUGAAUAACACAAAACAAAUUAUCGACAACCACAACAAGCGUAUCCUGAAUGCAUCCAAACACACAGAUAAAUCCACAGAUAACUCUGUUGAUAACAAAUCAUGUAACUGCCGACAAAAAAACUCAUGCCCUCUUAACGGAAACUGCCUUCAAUCAUCAAUUAUCUACCAACCAACCGUCAAACGUAACGACAAUAACACUUCUGAAACAUACAUCGGACUCACAGAAAACGCCUUCAAAACUGGGUACAGAAACCACACUGCAUCAUUCCGUCACACAAAACACAGGAACUCUGCGGAACUCAGUAAACAAGUCUGGUCCCUGAAAGACAACAACAUUGACUACUCUAUUUCAUGGCGUAUCAUUUCAUCUAGCUCAUCCUAUAAC